AAGAAAUCAGGCGGUUUGAUUUCUGGUAGUCAACAUGAGCAGCAUGUUUAUCUGCUCCUUAUUCUGGGUUUUGUUCAGUCAAAUUGAUAUCGCUACCUGUUGUACAAUCCAAUAUAAAACAUUAGAACCGUACCAGAUAGAAGUGUGCAACGAUAGAGUAUUUAACAUAUGCUGGGCUCAUAAAUGGGUGACAAGAUAUCGCUAUACGUUCAGAAAGAGAUGUUGCCAUGGAUAUAAAGAGAGUCUUUCUUUGUUGUCUUGUCUACAGUGUGAUAAUAAUAGAUACGGACCUGAGUGCAAUAUGAUUUGUGGUAAAUGUGGCAACGCAGAACAAUGUAAUCACGUGAACGGAAGUUGUCCGAACGGAUGUGACGUUGGUGUUCAAGGGAAUAAGUGUGAUCAAGAAUGCGACGGUGGUACAUUUGGACUAAACUGUGCUCAGUCAUGUGGGGUUUGUCUUGAUAAAGAACAAUGUCAUCACGUAAACGGGUCAUGCUUGAAUGGCUGUGAUAGAGGUUACCAAGGAGACAACUGUACACAAG